UGUUGACAGAUUUAUACGUGUUUCUCAUUUGCUCCUGUCACCUUUCUAUAUUUAUCAGAUGUUCGAAUGGCUAACCAUUUCGUGUGAGUGUUUAAAGUAAAUAGUGAGAGCGAACAGAAAAAAAAACAUUUCAAUUGUUUAUUCUUCUAAAUCAAAUCGAUAUCCGUCCAUUGUAAAAAUCGUAUUUAAUUUAAUCGAGAAUAAACAUUCAACAGUUUCACCAUUUAUCUCUUUUUCUUUCUCCAAACUAACGAGUUGAACGAAAGGCGAAUUUUCAUUUUUCUCACGCGAUAGAAACUGUGAAAACGAAAUUUCAUUAUAUUGUUUGGAAGCAAGCACUCAAGAAAAUUUAAAGAAAAAGUUUUUAAACCGCAAGGCACUGAAAUGUUGAGAGAGAAAAAAUAGAAACUAAAUUAUGUGGCAGAAGCAUCUAGAGAAAUUCGAUUAAUGAGAGGAGCAAACGAACAAAAAAGAAAACGAGCGAGAGUAAGAGACAGACAAAAACAUUGCGGAAAAAUCCGAUAAGUGUGAAAGCAUUUGAACAACAAUACAAUUGUGCUAAUCAAGUUUAUGGAUGGAAAAUUAUUUAACGCAAUUAAAAUGUGCCAUAGAAGCGAUGGAAACAAAAGCAACUUUAUUAUAGAGUUCAGCAUUUCGAUAUGAACAGUGGAGACGCGCGUGGUUGUAAACAAUAACGUCGUGAAACACACUCGAAACAAAGCGACAAAAAAAGUCGAGAAAAAAAACACACACCAAAUUACAUGCAAACGAAAAAGUGAACGAGAAAUGCUCAUAUAUGCACGUUUUCAUGAUAACGGGCGACACAACGACGACGGCACCAACGGCAUCAUCGGCUGCCAUACAAUACAUGUAAUAGCUUCGAAAAGCAUUGAAUAAAACGGUUUUGCUUUUUUCGCUGAGGGGGUGAAAACGAGCGUGCUACGAACAAGAGGGUUGUUGUAUGUUGUGCUGUGUGCUUGUGCCUGCGAGUUACAAGUGCAAUUUAAUGUAAUCAACGCGCGGCUGAAGCUAGCAAUUGGGAGAGAGUGAGCAGGCGAACGAGCGAGUUCAACUUCAACACACUCGUAUGGAUGAUGGUUUCACAGCAGCAGCAUACAGUGGCUUGGCGUCAAACGAUUCGAAAACAGUCUACGGUUUAGUCGAUGGUGAAUUGGGUAUUGCACAAUAAAGUGACUCAAUGGAUUUGCGUAGUAAUCUUGAUUCGAAUAUCUGAGCAGCCCAGCAGCGACUUUUGCUGCUUGACGCUCUCCAACUCUCUCUCUCUCUGUCUCUACUCAUCUCUCCAUUUCUCUGUACCGAAUUACUUCAAAGUGUGUAAUUGAGCAAGAUGAUUCAGUUCAGUUUGGUUAAACUUUUCAUUUGCAGCCACUGCGAAAAGUGAGCGAAUAGUUUUAUGCGAAGGGGAUGGUUCAUUGUUUUCAUCCAGUGAAUUUGCUACGUGAAUCGUUUUUCUAUCGGCGUGAAAGUUACAGAACUCCCCAAUUGAUUUGAUGAAAAGAUUACAAUUUCGUUGAAAAGUUGUUCUCGUCGUUUUUUUUUAUUUCAUUCAAAAAUGUUUUAAUUGAAUAACGAAAAGUUUGUACAAUAAACAAAGACAUUACGGGAAGAGUUGGAGUUAUUUUCGAAUUGAAUUGAAUACAAACUAUUUCCGUUCAAUUUGCUGGAAAAAUUGAAGAAAAUUACACACACAAAAUGUUCACUCCGAAGAAAAUCAACGCGCCACUAUCGGUGCCACCGUCGCCGACGAUGAAAAUGGGCUGUUGUGCAUUCAGAACGACAUUUCGUUCACAACCACGAACCCCACAAGAAAUUUACUUUGAGAGUCGAGGAAAGUGCUGCAAAAAACUUCUUCGUUUCAAUGGCUAUCCGAAUAAGGUUCUAUUAUUUCCCGAAGAAGGAUGGGCACAUGCGGCCACCUCCAGCUAUAUUCUGAUCAAGCUAUGUCCUUGGUGGCGGAGACUAUCUAGGAAUUUAUGCAUUGUCGAAGAGAUAACUGGAACCCGACCCAAAAAAUCUACGUAUGCAAGAAUGAUAAGCAUCGAACCGGGUUCGUUGUUGAUAAUCGGCUCGUUCAAAAAACAAACCGUCGAUCCGGAUUUCAAACUAAAUUUAACGUCGAACAUUAGUAUCGACGACUACCGGAUGGGAUAUUGCUUGACUGGUACACUUGAACGAGGGUAUAAAAAGACCAAUAAAUACCAACAGACUCAUUUCGUUGUUAUAAGACGUCGAUGGCCAUCGUUGAAAGAUACGAAAUCAUCGUAAAAACAAUGUAAUUGACAGAAUAGAAGCAAAAAUCUAUAAUGUCGAAACGUAAAACCCGAGAAAAGGAGCUUUGUGAAUUCAAAGGAGACAAUACGAUUUCUACCUUGCUGUCCCACUUUCUCUUCCUUUCCUCUCUUUCCCCCAAAAAAUCCGUAAUCCGGAAUCCUUUCAUCGAUUAUAUUGCGAAAAGAAAAACCAAUCUCACUCUCUAUAUAUUAUAAAGUCUUUUUGCGACUAGCAAAGUAAAGCCCCAAGCGAAUUUGCUUUCGUGAUAGAAAAAAAACUAAAUAGAAGAAAUCGCCAAAUAGCUACAAUUUUGAUGUUGCAUGUUACGUAAUCAAAAGAUCGUACAAACGAAAAAUGAUAUUGAAACAAAUUUAAUGCUUACUGCCAUUGAUUUAAUUACGUCCAGAUUUUGAAGAGCGGAAUAUGCGUAUUUUUUAAGUAAGAAUGUCAAAAGAAAAAACAAACAAAAAAACAUAUUUUAUAAAUGUUCAAUCAAAUACGUCCAUUCAAAACCGAAACAGUGUAAACUCUUACAUUUAUUGUGCAUUAAAUGAAAAAAAUAAUAAUUGUAUAUUUGAUUUGUAUGAAAACCAAACAGAAAAAAACAACAACAAAAAUUAUUUAAUGGAUCCAUAUUUACAUAUAGAUGUUUUUUAAGAUAUUAUUAUUGAUGGAAUCGACAUGGAAACACAUUAUAUUUAAUCUCUAUAUCAUUUGCAAGUGUUGUGUUGUAGCAUGCCAAAUAUAUAGUUGAACUACUACUCAGGAACAGCAGAAGAAAAACACACAUGUUGUUGCAGUUGCCAUUAAACGAAAUGGAAAACCAUUGAAAACCACUGAUGUGAACCAUGACAAAAUAGGACAACAACAAAAAAACAA